CGUUUGCUGGCGCUAUACGUGUGACCAAUCGCUACUAUUAAGCAGGGGCUAUCAUUUUCUGUCACACUGCAAGCCAUAAUCGUCGACUCAUCCUCUUGGGGACAAUCAUAGCUCUCUCUAGCGACGGUAGUAUCCCAGCAACUCCAUUUCAUGCCCUCCCUUAUCCACCGGCCCUGCAGCGCAAGUGCGCGCCCCAGUAGUCGCGGAUGUGCGGUGGGGAGUCGACUCGCGCUUCCACACAAUGCGCUUAUAGCUGCACCGCGCUAUUCCUUAGCUCCUUGCAGCGCACUGCGGAGAGAAAUCCAGCCAGUUAGCUUUGGGGAUAUUUACCUUGCCAUGCAAGAGCGAGUGGCUACGAAGGGCACCAUGCCUAAAGCGGAUGGACGACUUAUGGUUGAAAGCAUUCGUAGCGCGGAGCAUGGCCAGCGGUCGCUGGAGCUAAUCGCCCAACAUGUUGCCGCAAAGCGACAACUACCAGGAGCGCUGGAGCUGGACUGGCCCACACGUAAGAAGUGGCUGGCCCGCAUCUGCGAGCUGGCGCUGCGGCUGCCCAACUGCAAGCCGCUCAUCCUCGACAUCUUCGCCAAUGCAGAGGCCUUCGGACUGUCAACCUACUUUGCAGCCGAGAUGGUUGAGCUGCUAGCGGGCCUAGGUGCCGAGGUGCGGCUGCUGGUUCGGCUAGUGGAGCUCUUCCGCGCUCGCCGGCUGCCGGGCGACAAGGGCGUGGCGGCCGCCUACCACCGCCUGCUGGCCGUCAUGCGGGAGCGCAAGGACGAGGUGGCGGCGCAGGCGGCCAGCGCGGCACUCAAGGCGUACCUGGCGGCGCCGGCGCCCCCAGUGCCGGGGGUGCCCCAAGUGCCGGGGGUGGCAGGACCGGUGGGGGUGGUGGGGGCGCAACAGCCGCCGUCGCCAGGAGUGCCGGCUCAAGCAGUGCCGCCUGGGGGCGCGGGUGCAGGUGCUGCGACGGGACAGGCAGCGGCGACGGCACCAAGCGUAGUGCAGUGAACGGGGUUGGGGUGGGGCGUUGCUUUGCGAGAUGAAUUUGAGACCUGAUGAAGGGCUUCACGCAGGAUGCUGGGGCGGUGAGCUGCGUGUUGGACCCCCUGAGCGUACGUUAAAAAACCCGGUCGCGUGUUUGUGUGCAAUGGUCAAGAGUGGCGCGUGGUGAGGGAGUGGGAGGGACGGAACACGGGAGCAUUAUUGUAGGAAGCGGAGAGAGAGCGACGGACGUGAAGCCUAGCCCUGGUGAGCACUGAGCAGCACCUUGUGAUGGAUCGGGGCCCGGAGGCGGUUUAUGUAUACCGUAAUGUGGCCCAUUCCGUACAAUAAUGGGGAUAAUGACCCAUGGGUCUCCAAGCCCAUGGGUGCCAUGUGGAUAAGUUAUGAGCGGCAUUUCGUUGUGGCCGGUCGAUGCCUGCCUGCACGAGCCUUGGCGAAUCGG